GUAAAUUAUUUAAAAUCAUGAAAAAUCAACUAAAUUAAAUUAGUAUAACUUCGGCCAAACUACAAUCGUCACAAUCAUCAAUUUGGUCAUUCAUUUCUGUUCAUAAAAUCCCAGAUCACAACCAUAGUCCAAACUUCAUCCAAAAGUAGCAGCCAUAGUCCAAACUUCAUCUUUCUUCCUCCUUUCUCUAUCAUUUGGUAAUUCAUUUCUGAUCAUAAAAUCCCAGAUCACAACCGGCACUGCAAUGAUUACUUUCCCUUUCUACCUUCAUUCCUUUCGGAAACAAAUCCCCUUUCUCCCGUAAACGUCUCCCCAAAAUUCAAUUCCCACUUCCAAUUUUAGGCAUUUGUCUCACAUUAACAAAAAUCCCCACAAUCCCCAGAAUCCCAAUCCCCCCUUCUCUAUCUCUCUUCAAAUAUGCAUCCUAAUCCUAUCCCCCUCCUCCCACUUACUUCACCUUCCCACCUCCCAAACACCUGCCAAUGGCGAAACCCACCCACCAAUCCCGACCCUGCACUGACGGGUUUUCCUUCCUCGCCGGCCUAUUCUUCGCCCUUUUCUUCGUCUGGUUCUUCUGGUGCUUCAUCGCCCUGUACCAUCACAAACCCAAUUUCGGAUUCCUCCCUUUUCCUAUACCCGGCUCGGGAUACGCCGCCCACGAUCCGAAUCCACAACCCGACCCCAUCGACACGACUUUCUACGACGACCCGGAACUGAGCUACUUCAUAGAAAGCCCGGUCAAGAACUGGGACCAGAAGCGGCGCGUUUGGCUGGACCUACAUCCGUCGCUCGCUUCCGGGUCGCGGGACCGGGUCCUCCUCGUCACCGGAUCGCAACCGUCCAAGUGUAAGAACCCGAUUGGCGAUCAUCUUCUUCUGAGGCUGUUUAAGAACAAGGUGGACUACUGUCGUUUACACGGACACGACAUUUUCUACAACAACGCGUACUUGCAUCCCAAGAUGGACUCCUAUUGGGCAAAGCUUCCGGUUAUUCGGGCGACGAUGCUGGCCCACCCGGAAGCCGAAUGGAUCUGGUGGAUAGAUUCGGAUGCGGUUUUUACCGACAUGGAAUUUAGGGUUCCGUUGGGUCGGUACGAAAAUCACAACCUUGUAGUCCACGGUUGGCCCAAUAUGGUUUAUGGGGACAUAUAUAAUAAAAGUUGGACCGGGCUCAAUGCCGGGGUGUUGUUAAUUCGAAAUUGUCAAUGGUCCAUGGACUUAAUUGAUGAAUGGGCCUCGAUCGGUCCACAGACCCCGGAUUUUGAAAACUGGGGCCGAAUAUUGACAUCGGUAUUCAAGGACAAGCCGUUCCCACUCCCAGACGAUCAAUCCGCUCUGAUUUACUUGCUCUUCACGGAUGUGGAGAGGUGGGGCAAAAAGACUUAUUUGGAGUGGGAGUACUGCUUGGAAGCUUAUUGGAUAGGGGUAGUGGGGAAGUACGAUAACUUCACCGAGAGUUACGCCGAGACGGAGCAAAACGACAGCGGUUUGAGGAGGAGACAUGCGGAGAAAGUGAACGAGUGGUACGGUGCGAAAAGAGAGACGUAUAUUAAGGGGCGCGUAAGGAGACCGUUUGUGACGCAUUUUACCGGGUGUCAACCGUGCAGCGGAGAGCACAAUCCGCAGUAUACCGGGGAUUCGUGUUGGGACGAGAUGAAUAGGGCUUUGAAUUUCGCGGAUAAUCAAGUGCUUCGAAAUUAUGGUUUUGUGCACCCUGAUUUGAGUUCGUCAACUGUUUCUGUUUUGUUGGAACGUUUGAUUGAUUAACUAAAUUGUGAGGUUUUAAAUUAUAGAAAGAUAAUAAGCGUAGUUGUGUUUUUGUUGGUUGUACCUGUUGUAUUUGAUGAAAUAUGUCCUCUACAAGUAAUCAUAUUUUAUUGAGAGUAAAAAAAAUCUGAUAAAACAAUGUAUUUGAUUUCAACUAAAUGAUCCUUAGAUUCCGUGGAGUGU